AUGUCUUCUCCAUUUAUGGGCCUUACAGGGCGAGCACUGCGCCUUGCACAAGUCAUGCUCGUUGUUGCCCCUGCUUUUUUCCUGUUCGGUUAUAAUCAAGCCGGUACUGGUCCUUUAGCAACCCUGCCCAGUUGGGUUGCAACAUUUCCUCAGAUCGAUACCAUCAACACGGAGGGUGUUGUCAAAUCUCACAACUCCACUAGCAAAGGCGCCGUGAUUGCUUCAUUUCAGAUCGGUGCUUUGAUCGGCGCACUCUCUUGCACAUUCCUGUCCGACCGUCUCGGUCGCCGAAAGACCAUUUUCCUGGGUGCUGUUCUGUCUGUUAUCGGUCAGGUCUUACAAACCUCUGCAUAUUCUUUGAUUCAAUUCACUGUGGGACGCAUCAUCAUCGGCAUGGGAGUUGGUCAAAUCAGUGUUGCGGUACCAGUCUGGCAGUCCGAAUGCUCUUCUGCCAAGAGCAGAGGUCAGCAUGUUGUCGCUGAUGGAAUCUUCAUGUGUCUUGGGUAUUCUCUAUGUAAUUGGAUCGACUUUGGGUUCAGCGAACUUCCUAGCACAAAUACCAGACAGUGGCGAGGACCACUCGCAGUGUCGUUCUUCCCGUCGCUGAUGAUCCUGGCAUCUGUAUUCUUCUUGCCCGAGUCUCCUCGUUGGCUGGUUCGCGUCAACCGUUCUGAUGAAGCUACCGCCAAUCUCGCAGCUCUCAAGGGAAUUCAACCAGAUGAUUCAGAAAUUCAGGUGGAGAUCUCAGGCAUUCAACUAUCAUUCGAGGUCACUGCCGAAUCAAAGGGCGUUCUUCGGGAGAUUUUCUCAAAGGAUGACGACGAACGUCUUCUUUAUCGAUUCUGUCUGUGUAUCGUCCUCCAAUUCUUCCAGCAGAUGUGCGGUGGAAACCUGAUUUCGGUUUAUGCUUCGACCAUCUUCGAAGAAAACCUGAAUCUAGGCUCAGACCUAUCGAAAAUUCUCGCCGCGUGCGCCUUGACUUGGAAAUUCCUGUGCUGUUUCAUUGCCUUCUUUACCAUUGACCGUCUAGGUCGUCGCGCCGUGUUCAUGAUCAGCGGCGCCGGAAUGGCACUCUGCAUGGCGGCCAUGGCCGUUACAACCAGCUUCGGCACUGAGAACAAACACGCAUCGAUUGCAUCUGCAUUCUUCAUUUUCUUGUUCAACCUAUUCUACCCUAUCGGCUUCCUCGGUGGCAAUUUCUUAUAUUGUACGGAGGUUGCUCCGGUCCGGUUGCGAGUGGCUAUGGCGGCUAUCUCAACUGCGAACCACUGGCUUUGGAACUUUGUCGUGGUGAUGGUGACCCCUGUGGCGCUCGAUACAAUCGGAUACAGAUAUUAUAUCAUGUAUGCGAUCUUGUCGGCCUGCAUUCCUGUUCUGGUUUAUUUCUUCUAUCCAGAGACCAUGAAUCGCAAUCUCGAAAUGCUCAAUCAUGUGUUCCGGGACGCGUCUUCGCCGUGGCAGAUCGUCUCUAUGGCGCGGAAUUUGCCUCAGGGUGAAGUGACACCCGCAGAACUCAUUGCUAAAAACAAGGAGAAGGAUGAUGGAUGUUCUUUGGAGAUGAAAGAACAUGUUUGA